UGGCGCUUUGCUUCUCCUCUCCCCUGUAUCUGCACUACAGCCUCUUGUUCUCCUCCAAUUCCAAAUCCUACCGAAAAUGGUGAAAACAGUAGCAGCCAUGGGAGGAGCUGGAGGAACUCUUUUCUGUUCUCAGAGUUUUGCCGUCUUCAAUAACACUCAAAUUCAUGCCCAAAUUCGACCUUCAUUACCUCUUACAUUGCCACCACUUGUGCACAAAUUGACUAGUUUCAGUAAUCAAGAUUCAAUUUUGGCGAAAACCCAGUAUCGUCUUCGACUUAAGGUUGUUACUAAAGCUGCUGAUUCGUCUCAGCCGACGUCUGCUAUAACUUCCUCCGACAAGGCUAUUGUUCCCGAUGAAGAGUUUUCACUUGCUAAGGUUUCUUUUGGUGUUAUUGGACUUGGUCUUGGUGUUUCACUUCUCUCGUAUGGUUUUGGGGCAUAUUUUAACAUCCUUCCAGGUUCCGAGUGGUCUGCAAUUAUGUUGACAUAUGGUUUCCCACUUGCAAUAAUUGGCAUGGCUCUUAAGUAUGCAGAGCUCAAACCUGUGCCAUGCGUGACGUAUGCAGAUGCUGAACUACUAAGGGAAAAAUGUGCCACUCCAGUCCUUAAGCAGGUCAGGAGCGAUGUGAUAAGAUACCGUUAUGGGGAUGAGCAGCAUUUGGAUGAGGCAUUGAAGCGUAUUUUCCAAUUUGGACUGGGUGGAGGAAUACCACGUAGAAGUGCUCCAAUCUUACAAAAUAUUCGAGAAGAAGUGACUGAGGAUGGUAAAUACUGUCUAGUGCUGGUCUUUGAGGCAAAAGCUCUGCAGUUAUCAGAUUUCGAAAAAAGACAGGCAAAAUUUACGUCUUUCUUUGGACCUGGAAUAUCGUCUGAAAUUGUAAAGGGAGAGAAUGAUCUGUAUGAAGUACGGCUAAUUUCCAACACAACAUUGUAGAUUGUGAAAAUAUCUUGUGACUCCUGGGUAUAUAGAGAUGGUCCACUGUGCCACAUGAAUAUAUUGAUAA